AUGUCGGCACACGCCCGCCGGCCAUGCUUCCACUACACUCCCACCAGCAUAGCUUCCUCCUCUACACCCACCCCGACGACCACUGGGUCCAGCACAGCCUCUGACUCUUUAUCACCCCUGUCUACCACUGUGACCAACAUAGCUUCUUCCUCUCCAUCCACCUCGAUGACCACUGGGUCCAGCAUAGCUUCUUCCUCUCCAUCUACACCAACCACCACUGGGUCCAGCACAGCCUCUGACUCUUCAUCGCCCCUGUCUACCACUGGGACCAGCAUAGCUGCUUCUUCUACAUCCACCCCAACCACCACUGGGUCCAGCACAGCCUCAAACUCUUCAUCUUCCCCGACCACCAGUAGGACCAGCACAGCCUCUGUGUCUACAUCCACCCCGAUAACCACUGUGUCCAGCACAGCCUCAGACUCUUCAUCCACCUCAACCCCCACUAGAACCAGCAUAGCUUCCAGCUCUGGCUUGAGCACGGCCCACAGUAACCCUAUACUGACAGUUUCAACUGGAACACAUAUCACCUCCAGUCACACUGGGACUCCGGGGAUGGAGGUGAAGCCCAGUGGGUCUCUGAAGCCCUGGGAAAUCUUUCUCAUCACCCUGGCUUCUGUGGUCAUGGUCACGGGACUCUGUGCUGGGCUCUUCAUUUAUAUGAGAAGAUAUCUGUCUCUGAGAAAUGCUGUUGAUGGAAUAUUCUACAACCCCAACUCUCACCUUGGUCCUGGAGGAUCCCAUAUGACUCGGGGCCCUACUUCUUCCUGGAGGAGACCAGUAGUAACCUCUGAGGUCAUAGAAAUGAAUGGGCUAUGA